AUUUUUCAAAAAUAUUUGGGAUUUCUUAUUUUAACCCUUAAAGGAAUUCAAAUUAUCAAUUUCAUAAAAAUUUACCAAAAUACCAAAAAUCGGUGCGAUCACUUGACGUGGAGUCGCUCUAAUAUAAAAAAAAUGAAAACCUAAUUUUAAAUUUAUUAAUUGUAAUCAAUACAAAACAAUAUCUUAAAAAUUUAUAACUAAUCAAAAACAAUUAAUAUUAAUUAAAAUUUACUAAUUUAUUGAUUAUUCUACAUGAAAUGCAUUAAUUAACCAAGUAAAUAUUUACGUGAUUUACGUGUUGAAAGUACAUUCCGAAUAUACCGGUAACAACUGACAAUGUUAGGUUGAAUCUCGAAUCUGACGUCAAUCUACAUUUUUGUAUUCAUUAUUAUCAGACAAUAAAAUCUGCUAUCAAACCUCACCUAUUAACAAAGUACACUAUAUUCAAUUAAAAGACUGCACUUCACACCUAUCUUUAAGUCCCGAGAUUAAUUUCGCGCAGUCAGUGUGAGAUAUCAUAGGAAGGCGAACGCCUUUUUUUAAGGAGUGAACCAGUUAAAAAAAUUGUUUUUUUCUAUUUAUUUCCCCCGGAUGUAAAGUAUAAUCAAUCCUUCGUAUACGAAGACUCUGAUGUGUGUGACGAGAGAGAGAAAGACAGAGACAGAGGGUCUUUGAGAAUAGAAUCCCAGGCUGAUUCAAGUACCAAUUGAUCUUUUCGUAAUGAUUCAUUGCCAUUCAAAGUAACCGAUGUGAUUAAAGAGAUUCAAGGCCGAUCUUCAUUUUUAAAGAUCAAAACGACAGUAGUGUUGGCUGUAUUUUUCACUUCAGAACUGACAGUGACAGUCAGAAAGCAUUUCCAUUAUUAAAAAAACAAAAAAAAAAAAGAAUUCGAAUUUUCAAUAACAAAGAAUUUAUGGAGACAGAUGCUUAGAUUGUUUUAUUGCAAUUAAAUUGUUAAAAAUUCAGUUAAUACGUUUAUUAAUUUAAAAGUUCAAAGAAGCAUGAACUAUAGCAUCAAUCAAAUUUAUUAAAUAACCUCUCAAUUUUCAAAAUGACAGAAGAAUCUGCCAGAAUGUUAAACGGCAAAUUAAUAACGGAUGCUGUCACUUCUGUGGAAGAACCCACGGAAUUGAGUCAUCUUACAAAAUCAAUAAUUUCACCAGUUCUUGAAAAAAAUACAAUUAUUGUUGAAUACGGUGGAGUGACAAAAACAAAUACAUCGUCUCAACCUAGACAAGAGGGCAAAAAGUUGUUUCAAUUUCUUGCAACUCUAGUUGCUGGUUUGACGGUGAGCCAAAGUGGCAUGGCCUUGGCCUGGUCAUCUCCAACCAUAGGAUAUUUAAAUUCAUCGGAUUCAUUCCUCGUUAACAUGACAGAUAGCGAAUGCUCUUGGAUCUCAUCACUAAUGCCUCUUGGAGCAAUGAUAGGAUCAAUUCCCGCUGGUACUUUAGCUAAUUUAUAUGGAAGACGAUUGGCAAUUGGAAUAACAACAACACCAUGUUUAAUUUCUUGGAUAAUGUUGAUUUUCGGUAGAUCACUACCUUGGCUCUAUAUUGGAAGACUAAUGGGUGGAAUUGGAUCUGGUGCAGCGGGUGUUCUUGUUCCAGUUUAUAUUGGCGAAAUAGCCGAACCAUCAUUACGAGGUGCAAUGGGAACAUUUUUUCCAUUCUUUUUCUCAUUGGGAAUUGUUUUCUCUUAUACAGCUGGUGCAUAUCUUGAAUAUCGAACAUUUAACAUUGCAUGUUGUUUAAGUUUGGUGCCAUUUUUGGCUUGUAUUUCAUUAAUGCCAGAAGCGCCAAUGUGGUUAUUGGGACAAGGUAGAAAAUUGGAGGCAAUAGCAGUUUUAAAAAUUUUGCGAGGUGCAAAAUAUGAUGUCAAUCAGGAAGUUGCGAUACUUCUUGAAGAUGUGGAAGAGGCAAAAAAUAGAAAGGGUGGAAUUCGUGAUUUAAUUGGCACUGUUGCUGGUAGAAGGGCUUUACGUUCGUGUUUGGGACUUAUGUGGUUUCAACAAAUGUGUGGUAUUGAUGCUGUUCUUUUUUAUACUGUCACCAUUUUCACCGACGCUGGAAGUACCAUUGAUCCAUAUUUGGCAACAAUUAUCAUUGGUUUGAUUGAAGUCAUCAUGGCCAUAGUCGUUGGUAUCACGAUUGAUAGGUUCGGAAGAAAACCUCUAUUGAUUGUAUCCGGCUUUGCAAUGACAGUUUGGAUUGGAAUUUUAAGUUACUACUUUAAGUUGAAGGAGGAUGGAGUUGAUUUAUCGUCCAUUGGAUGGUUGCCACUACUUUGUCUUGGUUCAUUCAAUUUUGUAUUUUCUGUGGGAUAUGGUUCGGUUCCCUACGCUAUGGUUGGAGAAUUAUUUCCACAAAAAUCAAGAGCAAUUGCGAGCAGUAUAUCAUUUGUGAUUAACUGGUUUCUUGUUUUUCUUGUCACUAAAUUUUUUCACACACUUGCUCUUUUGAUUGGUCAAUCGAACACUUUUUGGUUUUUCUGUAGUCAAUGCGCUUUGGCAACUGUGUUUGCAAUUUUUUUUGUACCCGAAACAAAAGGAAAAACAUUACACGAAAUACAAGUGAAAUUGUCUGGGAAAAAUAUCGAUGAAACAAUUAGUGAUUCUGAUUGUGAUGAUUCUCAAAAGACAAAACAAAUAUCCAGUAGUUCUUGUUGAACAAUUCAAUUUUUAGUAAUAAGAGAAAAUAUCAAAUCAAAGUGUAGAAUGAUUUAAGUAUUUUUUUUUAGAGAGAGAAUAACAGUCAUAAUCAAGAUUUGAUUUUAGUCACUUUAACAGAAUCAGUGAAAAUUCACGGUUAUUGUACAAUGUUAUAGGGAAAAUAAUAUCACUGUCAAUUAAAGAAUAUUUUACUAGUAAAAUCAGUGAAAAUAUUCGCUGACCCACUUCACCUGUGAGAUCUCACUGAUUCUAUUCCCGAUAAUAAUGAGAAUUGUAUAAUUAAGAUUGGAUUUUGGUUAUCAAAAGAGAUAAAAAUGGCUGUGUACCAUGAGAGAAUAUAUUCAUAGGUCAAUUGAAAUAAUCAGAAGACAAUAUUGAUAACGUUAAUGCGACGCGUUCUUUAACAGAUAAAAAAAUGAUGAAGAACAACAAUGAAAAUUUCAGUAAUGUUAAAUGUAAUUAUAUAAAAUCUCAUCAGAAAAAUAGUGAAAUUUUCAAAAGGAAAUUUGACAAAUUUAACUGUAUCUUUUUUAGUUUUCAAAAAAAAUUUUAACAAAGUAUAGGGAAAAAAAAUUGAAAAGUCAAGAAAAGAUUUCUUGACAGCCGAAUUAUGAUUGUUUACGUUUGGAUUGCAAUCUUCAAGUUCGUAAAAAGAAUCUAUUUUUUUUUUCUUUAUAUAAAAAAAUUUUAUGUCUCAACUUUCUAUAAUAUGAGAUUUUGGUUCUAGAUUUGACUGCAUGUUAAGAUAUUAUUUAUAAAUUAGAUCUAUUAUAAAUAAAUUAAAAGAAAUCUUCUCAUACAAUGAGAAUAUAAAAUUAGACAAAAAAAUUGGAAAUGAUUUAUAUAAGUUAUUUUUUAUUUUCCUAAUAGAGAAAACGUAAUACUCGUAUAUAUGUAGAGUGUUGUAUAAUUAUUUUAUUCAUUAUAUUAUUGUUUUGCUUUCGAUUAUAUAUUUGUAAAUUAAUUUAAGUUGUAUAAUGCUCAACUUGUAUAGUAAUAUUUAAAAGACGUGAAUAAAUAUAUUUUACG